CUGAAAAUGGUCCUAACACCCAUCAUGGUGGACGCCACCUUCGAGGACGACGCCGAUGUGGCGCCUGGGCCCUCCUCCUCGCCCGAGCUGAUAGAGCCUUCCGAGGGGGAGCAGUUCCAGCUUGCGUGCCCGGGAUGCGCGUCGAUGCUUCUCGUCACACUGCAGACCGAGAUCACCUCCGUGCAGUGCAGCUCGUGCCACGACGUGUUUGACGUCCAGAUGCCGCCCCUGGCUGCCGACGAGGCGCCAACUCCCCACGUCGGCCAGAAGCGCGCGUGGCAGAAUUUUGCGGAGCCGAUCCUGCCGCCCACGUGGCAGAACCUGGCGGAGCCGAUCCUGCCGCUGUCGGUAGGAUUGGCGGAACUCGACUCGCAGAUGCUCGCCGCGGACCCGGAGAACGCACAGCUCAACUCCGUGCGGCACACGCUCUCGCUCGGCAUCUCGAGGGUCGCAGACUUGCAGCACUUGAUGCACCAAGAGCGGGAAAAGGAGGCGGCGGCGGCGGCGGCGGCGGAGCCACCGCCCUUCCUCCCCUUUGACGGGCGCACCGCCGCCAGCUCGUUGCUUCGAGGGCCGCUGCACAAUGUCAAUUUUCACGCCGCCGAGGAGAAGUCCGAGGAGGAGGAGCGUGAGGCGGCGGCCUCGGCCGUCCUCUCCAUCGGACUCGCCGCCCCGCCGGCCGCUCCGCCCCUUCCCGUGCCGGGCGGGAAGGAAGCGCGUCCUCCCCACCCGCACACGACCCCCCAGCCAAGCAGCGCACCCUCCGUGCCCGCUACGCUGCAAAAGACUCCUGACCUCGGCGUGGGUGCCGCCCCGCCGCCUCUCCCACGCCAUGAGGAGGGCGGACCGAGGCCGACUCCAGGCUCGCUGAGCGUGCCAAUGGCGUUGUGCCGGCAGAGCAUGCCCAUGUCGCAGGCGGUGCCCAUACAAGAGCAGGCCCCGCCUACCGGCCUGCCGACCGUCACUGCCUGCCAGCCCAUCGGGCCGCCCCUCUCCUCACAACCCCUCUUCUGCUCCGAGCCGCCCCUCGCCGCGCCGCCCCUCGCCGCGCCGCCCCUCGUCACCGCCCAGAUGGGCGAGGGGGACGGCUCCGCCGCGGCCGUGUGCGAGGUCAGCUUCGAGCACAUCUGGGCCCCCGCCCCGCCCCCGAUGGCGUCGGUCGCCUCGGCGGAGCCGAUCGGCUGAGCAGAGGCGCCGCGAGCAGGCCGCGAGGCCGCGAGGUGUUUUGAACUGAUUGAGUCGUGACGAGGGGUGGCGCCGUGACGAGGGGUGGCGCUGGGGCGGCGCGGCUCGUCGGGGUAGGCGAGCUCUCGCGCGGCGUCUCGCGCCGCGGACAAGGGUCAAGGCGCGCCGGGGCGCUGCCGGCUGUGGUAAACUGGGGGAGCGGUCGUAUAAGUAAGGCCGGGGAGCGGGAAAAGGCCGGGAGGGUGGCCUCUGAGGGUGGCGCACUCUUUCCUGCCCCGCUCAGACAGAUGGCCCGGCCGCUUCUCGACGCUUCCGCUUAAGGCUUAAAAAUGUGAAUGUGUGUGUGUACUGUGUUGCGUUGAGAAUCAAAUAUGGCG